GCGGUGCUCUUGGACCCCCACUUGCCUGGCGGCGAGAAGAAGCCGCUGAAGGAGUACAUCAAGUGGGUGCGCCAGGAUGCGGGCCGGGCGCAGACCGUGCGGCUCAAGGUGGAUGCGUACGUCCAGAGCCAGGCGGGGAAGGACCCAGAGAAGCGCCGCCGCAUGUCCAGGCAGGCCGCGGGAGACAUCCAGCAGGCUCGCCAGGUAUCUUCCGUCAAGGUCUCCGGGCGUCGCCUGUCUGCGAACUGGCAUCAAGCCUGCCCCGUGAGCAAGUGGCACGAGGCUUUCCCUGAGACGCCGCUGCCCACGGACCCGAAUUGUCGCGGCGAGGAGCUCAUCGACGGCGCCUGGCAGGAGGUUGUAUAUGUCAUGAAGGACGGCGCGAAGAAGUUCUUGUACGACAUCGCGGACUACGACGAUCGCAAGGUGGAGGACAGGACGGUGCUGGCGACUGUGGCCGAGUCAGACGACGACGCGGACGCGGCUGAGGUUGCGGCUGCUGCCGAGGCCGCCGUGGCCCCAAUUGCAGCCCUGCGGCGCGCCACGCAGUGCGCGGAGAUCGGUGCAGCAGAGAGCGCGCCGUCGGAGGGGCACCAGUCCGACUCUCCCGCGAGCGACGAGGACGCCGAAGAGACGGAUCUCGUGGCCGCGGCGCUGUCGGGCCUGUGGGGCACGGCCCGCGCCGCCAAGCCCGCGCCCAAGGCUGCGACCAAGCCGCAGGCCAGACCACCAGCCCAGACGACCGGGAGGGCUACGUCCGGGCGCCCCGCCCAGACAGCCGAGAGGCCUGCCGCCAAAGGGGCUGCCACGCCCGCAGCCGCUGCCCCUUCGAAGUGCGCCGCGCCCUCGGCGCAGGCGCCGCCGCAGAGGUCAGCCGCCCGCGCCCCUGCUCAGACGGCCGCGCCCUCGGCGCAGCCAGCCGACGGCAGCAGCGCCAGUCCGCCCUUGGCGACCCCGCAGCGCUCGGGCCGGAGCCAGCCAGGGAAGAAGCGUGGCAGCGGCGGUUCGUGGGCCGCGCCCCUGCUCGCCCAGCCGCCCGACGACUCCGACGAGGGCGGCGGGCAGCCGGACGAGCCAGCACCUCUCGAGGACGGCUCCGCGUCGAAGAAGAGGGGGCGGAAGGCCCUCGAAUUCAGCCUCACAGCGGCCGGCAGGAAACUCAAGGGCGAGGCCGACACGCUCUUCAACACGUUCCGGGAGUGUUACAAAUUGCUCGACUUCAGCGGAGAUGUGGACCUGUCCACGAAGGAGGGGAGAGCCCACUUCAAGGCCACGGCUUUUGAGCAGGCGGCAGCCGCAGAGAGCGCCAUCCACACGGCCAAGAAGGCAGCGGCCAAGAUGGGGAAGAUCCCGGAUGACGGCGCGCAGGCGCUGCAGAUCAACAAGGCGUGGCUGGCGCGCUCAGAGGAGGCGCUGGCCGCGGCAGUGCGGGUCGUCAAGGCUGCUGUGAGCGAGAAGCCAGGGAACACCGAGACUCUCCUGAAAGACACCGAGAUCGCCGCGGCGGAGGACAUCGCGUUCGGCGUGGCGUACCACAUGCGGUUCAGGAGCUGGAAGGCAGACGAGGCCAUCAAGCGCUGCGAUUGGUUACAGCUGAUGUCCCUGUUGGAAAGCGGUGCUGCAGAUGGCGCGCCCUCGGCAGAUCUCGCGACGACGACCCUCGAGCGAGUCGGCGCGGGCCUGAUUUCGGCCGUCGCGAAGUCGGACGCCAAGAAGGGAGGCGGAUCAUUUGCUGCCGUGGUUGCCUUCGCUGGCGCCGCGCGGGAUGCUCUCCAGCGGGCCCCCGCCGACCCUGCGCGGCCAGUGUGGGAGGAGGAGCUGAAGGGUCAAAUCCAAGUUCUCUGGGCAGUGUCGCGCGCGAGCACUGCCCCGCUGACUGAGGUGGGGGAGGCGCUGGAGGCGCUCCCGCAGCUGGAGGGGGCCUUGGGCGUCGCUUUGAACACGAGCCCGGGCGGCAAAGUCCUCGUUGGUUGGGCGGAGUCGGCCGUGAAGAAGCGGUCCCACGAGGAGGCUGCUCUCCAGUGCGCCCAGGCAGCCUGGGAGCUCUUCGCGCAGGUGACGGGCCAUGCCGCCGGGGAGCAGUGGCAGAAUUGGACAGAGGAGGUGUCGCGCGCCUGCAAGAAGCAGAAGGAGGCCGCGUCCAAGGCGGGCGCGCUGCAGGAGGCCGACCGGCACCAACUCGCCAGGGAAGGCGCGGCGUUCGAGGACGUGGUCCUCGGGUUGCUCUUGCGCUCGCCCCGCGAGGAGGAGCUCCUGACUGCCGCGUGCGUCGAGCGGCUGGAGUUGGAGCACGGCUGGUCGACCGUCGAGGAGUGGGCGCCUGAUGGCAUCAAGGGCCCCCACGAGACCGCCUUCGGGGCAUUGAAGAAGAUCGCCGACAUCGCCGCGUACAGCCGUCUCGACGUACCUGGGAUGAAGCAGCCAGUGAAGACAGCCAAUCGGUUGUGCGACCUCUUGAAGGAGAGCCCCGAGGCGUUGUUGAAGGUCUCUGGCGUGACAGUGUCUGCGGAAGACAACGUAGAGGGGCUGCAGUCGCUGUUCUCCCUCGCGCUGGGCACGGCGGCGCGUGUGCGCAGGGCCUUGGGCCACAGCGUUCUGGCCAGAGCCAAGGGUGCAGCAGAACAGUCUCUGAAGCGCGUGGACUCGGCGGCGUGGCAACGGAAGGAAUUGCAGGCCUUCUUGAAUAUCUCCAAGCUGCUGAGCGCGGAGCCGCCCGAGGACACCUGGAAGGAAGCGGACAUGUGGCUGUGCAGCGUCGCGGCCGUCGCCGACGCCAAGGAGCUUGCCGAGCAGGCCGGGGGCGAGCUGAACCUGGAGCUGUGGGAGAACGCGAGCGACGCCGUGCGCCAGCUCGGGGACAUCGGGGACAUGGUGCAGCCGGAGCGCGCCUUCCAGACGGUCAUCGCGAAGACUUUCGACGCUUCUCUGGAAGAUGUGGAGGCAGCAGUGGGGGCCAGCAAGGAGCUGCACGCGCAGGCCGUGCCAUGGCUGGAGAAAGUCGCGCAGGAGCGGGCUGAACGCUCCGUCAAGCGGUUCGACGCCGAGCCAGCCGUGCGCGCCGCGAAGGAGCUUCUUGAGAGGAGCCCCAUCCCCGAGACGCUGCAGGAAGCGGCCGAGUUCUUAAAGGUUGUCGGUGGCACCGUGGACAUGCCGGAGACCUUCGGCGGCAAGGGUGGGAAGAUGGUUGAUGCUGUCAACAAGGUGAUCGGUGGCUUCUCUCUCAUAAAGGAGGUGUACCGCGACCCCCAUCUUGAGUCGCAGGUGGACUCCAUGACGUCACAGUUGCGACAGCGGCUCUUCCUGGUCGCCUGGUGCGCGAACGUGACGUCGUCGAUUUGGGAGGCGAAAGGCCAGUCGAGGAUUCUGACCCAGCAGAAGCAGAAGGUCCGCGAUGCCAUGAAGAACCUCAUCAGCGUCGCAGAGGAGCCUGACAAGACGAAGGAGGAGUUUCCCGCGCUCGAGGGCCGCCUGAUCCCCGAGAUCCUUCUGAACGCGGGGAAGGCGAUCCUCGCCGGCCGCGCAGUGAGCGGGGAGAGCGAGGCGGAGGGCGCCAGCGGUGCAGCAGACAGCGCGCCUGGGAGCGGGGCCGGCGGCACUGACCAGAAAGGGUGCGCCCGGGCUGCGCCCGGGGCCGCCAAGAGGGCCAGGGUGGGCGACACG